AUGAAAAUUGAUCGAUCGAAAUUGAAAAAAUAUCUGCCGGAACCCCCGGCUGAUUGUAAAUUAUUCAUUGAUAAAUUAAAAAGUUGUGAUCGAAAAGAACUUCAUGAACUAUUAAAACCCAUAACCAUAUGGCAUAUCGGAAAAUGUGAACUUUAUCAUUGGAUCGACGCAUUGGAUCUAUUCGAUUCAAUUCUAGAAGAAGCUUGUGUAAAGACUGGAACAUGGAUGCUUAAUUGUGAUAAACCAGAAAAUGCGGAAUUAAAGAUCUUAGUACUUGAUAUUCUCCAUUUUACUGCAUUGCUAAUUGAACAUUCGUAUUCGCGUCAUUUAUAUAACUCUAUUGAAUAUUUAAUCAUGUUAUUACAAUCAUCUGAUGUACAUAUUGUACUUGGUGUUCUUUCACUUCUCUAUGUAUUCAGUAAACGUUCGAAUUUUAUCACAAGACUUCAACAUGAUAAAAAACAAGCAUUGAUUGGUCGGCUUAUAUUCCUAGCCGAAACUUGGGGUGGGCGAGAGAAUGGUUUCGAUUUAGCUCGCUGUUGUAGCUUUCGUAAUCCUGCAGAUUUUCCUGAACACGCCACGAAUCUGCAUUUUGCAUAUACAGUCUCAUCGGAAGCAUCAUCAACGAACGGUCCAACAAUGCAAAUUCCUAGACAAAUUGAUAUUCCAAAUGUUCAUCUAGCUGGACCUAAUGCUGCUGCUGUGAUGGAACUCGCACUUGCUGAGCAUACUUUACCAGAAGACAAGCAAAUCAAACUAUUUACUCAUCUUCGUUUAGCGUAUUCAUUUCCAUCAUUCGAACAACGCUUACUGUGUAUCCAAGCACGCUUACAAGCCUUAUCCAUACUUGUGUAUUCUGCAGCCAUACAAGAAGCAAGUAAUGUUCUCUAUGAUGGACUUAUUGAGGAAUUGGUUGAAGUAUUGAACGUUCGCGAUCCGACAUUGACAGAUAUAAAAGCAUCGGCUUUGAAGACAUUAACAUCAAUAAUUCAUCUCGAGCGGACGACAAAACAUCCACCACGUUUACAAGAAAUCAUCGAAGCAACACAAGCAAAUUCUUAUCAUGGAUUUCUCCCAGUUCUCGUUCGACAAUGUAUCGACAAAUUAACUGACGAUAGUAAUGAAAAAUUUCCACAGUCGUUGUCAACAGCAUUAUUUUCAUUUCUCUAUCAUCUGGCAUCGUACGAAACAGGUGGCGACGCACUAGUAAACUGUGGUAUCAUGCAGUCGUUGGUUAAAGUCGUGAACUACUACGAUGAAUCUCAAGAUUUUAUUAUGUUUGUCACACGUGCUGUUCGAGUGAUUGAUUUAAUUACAUCACUAGAUAUGACAUCAUUUCAAACUAACAAUGGUUUACAAGCAUUUAUUAAUCGUUUAGAACAUGAAAUAACUCAAUGUCGUAAAGAACAACCAUUUACCAUUCGCAUACCUAAACGUAAUCAGGGCACACCGACUGCACAUCUGGAUAGUCAUCCACCCUUAUCUCCAGGUGCUCAAUCGGAUAUAUCAGGCGAACAUCCGUCGGUAACAACAGCAAAUACAACGGCGAAUUCAACUAUACACUUAGGUAAAGAUAUGGAUACAAGUGAAUUUUUCGAAGAACAUCAAGAAUCAAUUCCUCAAAGUCCAAUACCAGGUUUAACGUGUUACCAUCAACGCGCUGCACUACUUAAAUCGAUCUUAAAUUAUUUGAAAAAAGCCAUUACAGAACCAACAAUGGCAGACACAACACGUCAUAUUAUGGAUGGUUCGUUACCGAAUUCUCUUAAGCACAUCAUCAGCAAUGCAGAAUAUUACGGACCAUCGUUAUUUCAUUUGGCAACUGAUGUUGUCACCUUAUUCAUCUUUCAAGAACCUUCUCAACUAUCAUCUCUGCAAGACAAUGGUCUAACAGAUGUUCUAAUGCACGCCUUGUUGAAAAAAGAUGUACCAGCUGCUCGCGAUGUGCUCUCAUCGUUACCGACCAUUUUCAGCUCUUUAUGCUUGAAUACACGUGGUCUAGAGAAUUUCAUGGAAUAUAAACCAUUCGAUAAGUUAUUCCGUGUUCUUCUCUCACCAGAAUAUUUACCGGCCAUGAGACGACGACGUGGCACAGAUACAGUCUAUGGUACAGCAUCAAAUCUUGGCAAUGCAGUCGAUGAAUUAAUGAGACAUCAAGUUAGUUUACGUACAGAAGCAAUGAAAUCGAUUAUCACUUUACUUGAACAAUUGGUUGAAAUUGGAAAUAAUCCGAAAUACUGUUGUCAAAAACCACAUUCGUCGUCCUCCUCAUCAACAGCAAGUAAGCUAACUGAUACAAUACGCACACAACAUCGAACAGUGCGAACAACGAAUACAACAAAUGCGAACACGGCAGGAAACGAUCGAAAUUCGUCCGAUGAUGAAUACGAUGAUGACGAAGCAACGAAUGACGAAGCACCUCUAGCUAAUCGAUCAGCACCACCAACAACAGCAGCCACAACACCACGCGGAAGCAUAAUCACAACAACGGCUACGACUCCAACUGCGGCUGCGGCAGCAACGACUACAUCUGGAGUGUCAACCUCACCGGAAGCAACAGCAAACAUUCCUAUUGUUCUUAAUCAAACGCUAUUAAGUGAAAAUAAAUCUGAAGAUGAAUCAGUACCUAUCGCCGUUCCAUUAUUAGAUUAUAUUACGAAUGUAAUGCGUUUCGUUGAAGGUGUUAUCAGUAAUAAUACAACCGAUGAUCAUGGAAAAGAAUUCGUUAAACUAGGCGGUUUAAAACCGUUAUUAGACAUUCUACAAAUGAGAAAUUUACCAAUCGAUUUUCCAUCAAGUCAAGCAUGUCAAUGUGUUGCAGCAUUGUGUAAAUCAACAUUGACACUUCUUGUCAAAGAUAACAAACUAAUCGAAAUGGUUAUAACAAAUCUUGACAAUAUACUUAAUUCAUUAACAGAAUUUUAUUCCGCUCGUACGUACGACGGUUCGCUAUUGAUCGAAGAAUUAGCUCGUGCGGUUUCAUCAUCAACACCAAUUGAUCCUAUUGAUGCAAUUAAUCAAUCGUUACUAACGCCUACGCUUCAUCGACUAUCCAUAGUUCAUUCUCAUAUCUCGUUAUUAAUAUCUUUAUGCAAAAUAAGUCAAACGGAUGUUCGUGGAAUUUUAAUUAGUUUCUGGGGUACGGAAACUGGCUUGCGGGUGCUGAGAAACUUAAAUAAACUAUGUUUGACAUUGAUAUGGGAAAGUUCGAUAUUAUUAUCAUUGUGUUCUUCGGAAACGAAUCUUAUUGAUCAACAAUUCAACAAAAAUGAUUUAUUGAAAUUAUUUCCAUUGAUUAAUGAUUUAACAAAUACGAUUUCACCGUUGCAUAACGUCUCAAAUCAAUUGAACGACUUGACAACUAACGAAACUACUCGAACAUUCGAUGUUGAUGAAAUUAUUUCGAUGGAUACAAGUGAUUUCACCAAAUUGAAACUAAAGUUGUCAUCUAACAUUCAGCAACGAAUCAAAACUAUCAAACCACUACUAUGUGUUUCAUCGAAACUUGGCCGAGCAUUGGGCGAACUUUACAAUUUACUUGUUCGACAAUGUUCAACGUCACAAAUGCGACAUGCGAGACGUUUUAAUCAACAGCCAACUGCUUACACACCAACCGCAUCAGCGAAAUAUGUCACAUCGACGUUAACCGAAGUUUUACGCGACGGAUUUUCGUUUCAUUUGCCAGCAAAUAACAAUUUAUCUGAAAGUCAAAUCGAAAAAUUUCGUUUAACAUUCUUCGUAUGUACAAUAGGUUUUGCCACUCCAAUGCUAUUCGAUGAACGUCGUCGUCCAUACAUGUUAAUGUUACAACAGUUUGAAUCGUCCAAAGCUCAAGAAGCUUUAUUUUCGGCGCUCGAAUGGACGCUGAAUUUAAUCAAUCGUCAAUCUCAAUCAACUGAUGAUCAACAACUCUCCCAAUUAAACAACAGCUACGAUGCAUCACCCACAGAAUUUCUUAAUUCAGCGCUGAUGCUUAUCUUACGUUUGGUCAAUGUGAAAUCGAUUUUGGAAUCUCCGUACUCGAUUGCGAAAAAGUCGCAAUUAGAAGGAACACAUUAUACACCGUUCAAUCCGUUACAUUACUUAGCAGCAACACAUAAAUCUGCAUUUCAUAUUCUAACAAAUUCAUAUUCAGUUCUAUGGGACAAGCCGUAUCUACUGAAAGAUCAUGCCACAAAAAUUAUCGACAGCAUACUCUCAAUAUUUUGUCAUAUUUUACGUGGUGAAUCACAAAUUCAAAAGAAGCUCCAAGACGAAGAACAACUACAACAACAGCAACAACCACAACCACAACAGCCGAAUGCAGUUUUGUCAUCCACAGGUUCAUCCAACGAUGUCAAUCAACAGCAGCCAUCAUCGGUAGACGCAGAUCUUGCUGGUUCAUCGGGCUUACAUGGAAACAAUGCCGCGUCAUUGAAUGAGGACUAUAUUCAGUCGAUUACAUCUAUGGGCUUUUCACGCGAACAUGCCAUCGAAGGCCUCAUGCAAACCAAUAAUAAUCUCGAAUUAGCUGUGGAUUAUUGCGUUAGUCAUCCUCCAACAAUCGUGGCACCGCAACCACAAAGUCAAGAGGUAGAUGGAGCAGCUUUGGCCAAUCCAGUCGCAGCAUUAGCUGCUCUAUCUAGAGAUAAUAAUAAUACUGCCAGCAGCGAAGCAAACGCAACAUCAACAACAGAAUCAGCACCGACGGGAACAGCAACAGCGGAGAAUACGAAUCAACAAAAAGCCGCUGGCCAAAUUGAACCAUUAUCGAAAGACUCUGUUGAUCGAUUUACUGAUUCAAUCAGAUUAAAAAUUCUCGAUAUACUACCCGAUACUGUAUAUAAAAUGUGUGAGCUUGUUGUAACAACCAUGCACAGAAAUGGUAUUGCAUGGCGUGAUCAUUUCUUAGAAAUCAUUGCCAAUGACAUUAAAACAAGUUACUUAUCGUUGAUAGAACUGUUGGAUAAGAAUCCAUCGGAUGAAAACCAACAGUCAACAGCUGUAUUUCUCAAUGAACAUCAGAAUUCUGUUCUAUUCAGUCGAAUAUUAUUAAUGUCGUUAUUAUUCGAAGAAAUGCCGUUUCCAUGUGCACGGGUCGUCGAAAGAUUUUCAUUAGUCAAUUAUUUUUGCAUAUUAAUUCAUCGUACAACAGACUAUUUAACGAAAUUAAACGAAAAGAAGACACCAGCAUGGUUAGCAUCUGCAUUUAUAUUUCUCGAUUUAUAUGAAAAAGUCUCCUUGGCAUCGAAACGUCGUGCUAUUAUCAAUGAAAACUACCGAGAUUGUACACGCGUAUGGCAAUGGUUCGACGAACGAACUGUCCGAUGGACUAAUUAUCCGAUCGCGCAGAACAAACAAAUUGAUGAUGCUUACGCUAAUGGUGAACCAUCGUGUAAAAUUCUCAUUCAACGUCGAAAUUAUCUCAUACAAUUUAGUACGAUGUUACAAACGAAUGAAGAAACGCAUAAUAAGCGACCAAUUAUGUUAACCUUUGUAAAACCAUCGACGAAAACAAAUGCAGAUGGAUCAACACAAGUUCCCUUGGCACCACCAAAGCUAUCAUCUGUCCUGUCAACUUCAGAUACAAGUGACGACGAUGACGAUGAUGAUGAUCACGACGAUGAUGAUGAUCAUCAUGAACAGCCUGGACAAGGAGUUGCAAUCACAUCGAAUGAAAGCAAAAAAGUCGAAUCUAUGGAUACCGAACAGCAAAUGGAUACAAAUGUAUCGGUCAUCGAAUCAUUAGCUGAUGAACAUGCAUUGAUAUUAACCAGUGAUUGUGUAUACUUAAUUCGCAUGCCAGUAGAUCCCGAUGCUAUUCAUGCAUUAUUACGUCUGAUAUUACGUUUAACACGUGAUUAUAAAUACGCUCGACAAUUUGCUCAGUCAGGCGGCAUCCAAGCAAUAUUAAGUUUAACUCAAACAUCUGCUUUUCAGGGCUGUGCAUCGUUAAUUACACUGAUUUUUCGUCACAUCAUGGAAGACGAUAGUAAUUUGCGUUUAGCAAUGGAAAAAGCUAUCCGACAAGCACUAACUGGUAAUCAUGGUGGAUCCAUUGGCGUUCAACCUGGCUGUCCUGGUUCCCAUGAAUUAAAUGUUAUUUUGCGCAUACUCGGUCCUGCUAUGACGCGUUCACCAGAUAUUUUUCUAGAUGUUGCAUCCAAUGUUUUACAAUUGUUACCACCAUCAGCCGGUCGUCUGCCAGGCUCGAUCAGUCGAUACACGAAUCCAUUCAGCACGGAAGAUGAUCAUUACUCCCAUGGAAGUCUACACAAAGGACAAUUGAUACUACAAGCACGACCAGCUACCAGUCAAACUACAGCAACCACUGCUACUGCUACUGCUACUAACACUACCAUUGGCAAUACUACAUCGACAACAGAGCAUAGUUCUCAACAUCGUGUCACUCGACCUAAUCCAACAACAGCAACGCACGACUCAGCCGGAGGACUAGCUGAACGUCUACUAGUAGAUUUACUUGAUUUCUUAUUAACAAAUGAUGAUGCUACCCCGAAACGUUUAUUAUCGAAAUCAACUGUUUUACGUAUACUUGCUGAAUUGAUCCGUUCUUAUGCUAACGUGGCCAAACUUGUUUCGACCAAAACAUUUACACUGUCCGAUAAUCAAUCAUGUUCAGCAUUGUCAUUCAUUCUUGAUCAUUUGUUACCUGGCACAAACAAUCAACAGAUCGAUUACGAUAAAGACAUUCCAGCGCUAUGUCGUCUAUUUCUCGUUGCAAUGGCUGCUUGCAACCAUUGCUUAGAAUCACAAAUGAAUUUAGUCAACGAAGUCAAAAUGUCAUUGAAUAAGAUCUUGGUUUUACCUGAAUGCGAUGAAAAACAUCUGAGAUUACAAGCAUUAGCAAAUAUUAUCAAUACAAUGAUUGAAUCGUGUCCAGCACCGAAUACAUCCGCACCACAACAAGGACAACAUCGUUUGUCGCAAUCCAUCAUCAACAACAUGGUUAAAAUUAUGUACAAACGCGGUCUCAUCAAUGAUCUAGCAAAAAUGAUACAUAGUAUAGAGUUAUCAAGUCCAAAAUUAGCCGAUACGGUUAACGCAGUUCUUAAACCGAUGGAAACAUUAUCACGAAACAUCAAUCUUGCGACAUCGUUACAUGUUCCAGCCUCUGCUCGUCCACAUGCAACGCGACACCCAGCAGCGACGUCUACAAAUCAAACGGAUACUUCAACUGUUCCACCAGCAACAGCAGCAGCAGCAACAACAACAACAACAACAACAGCCGAUGCUGCAUCAACCUCAACACCAAAUCAGACAACGGCUGCAAAUUCAAAUCAAGCAAUAAGAGCGACGACAGAUGCAUCACAAUUGCCUGAACAGCAGACAGAACAUAAUUCAGGUCUUACUUCGUCUCACAAUGAAAACCGAUCUUCAUUGGAUAAUGCAAAUCCAAACAAUAAUAACACUUCAUUGAAUUCUGCCAAUCAAGUUUUAUUGAGUAUUAGCCAAGAAGAACUCAUGAAUGCAACUGAUAUGGAACCAGUGGCCGGUUUACCACAAGAUGUUGAUAUCUUCGAGCGAAAUAUUCGCGGAGCCGCACCCUCAUCGACCGAUGAAGAUGAAUGUGAUGGAGACGAUGAUGAUGAUGACGACGAUGGGGAGAGUAUUGAGGAUGAAGACGACGACGAUGAUGAAGCUGUCGGUACAAUUAACGUGGAAUUCGAUGUUGCACAUCCACUUGAUGAUACUCAUGAGCACGAAACAACUUCGAGCUCGACAGCAACUAGUGAUGGUCAAGAUGAUGAAGACGAUGCCGAAGAAACCGAUAGUCCAGACGAAGAUAUUGAUAUGGACAGUGCCAAUGGUAAUGAUCGUGAUCCACAACAUCGUUACAGUGACGAUGAUGAAGAUAUUACUAGUGAAGAGGAAGGAGAUGUUCGUUUGACUGGUCCAAUAGCAGCCGGCGAACCACAUGACGAUGAGCUCGAUGAUGAAAGUGACAAUAGUGAUAGUGAUGAAACACAUACGGGAGACGAACUAGACGAAACUGAAGGGCCAACUAUUGAUAUACAUAUUGAAACAGCAUCGAGCCAAUCAACCGAUGAACAUUUAGCUGGUGACAAUGAAAGAAAUGAUCAAACAAAUGAGGCAGGUGGUCAUGCCAAUGCUGAAACAGCGAAUAACAAUGACAAUAAUCAAGAAGAAGAAGAUGAUGACGAUGACGAUGAAGACGAGGACGAAGAAGAAGAUGACGAAGAACAAGAUGAUGACGAAGAUGAUUUUGCUGGUGAUGAUGAUGCCAAUGCUGCCGAUAUUGAAGAAAUGAUUGCCAAUGAUAUGGAUGCCGCUAACGCUUGGCAGGAUGAAGAAGAAGAGGAUGAGGACGAAGAUGAUGAAGAUGAAAGUACCGAAUUCGAAGAUGAAGAUGGUGACAUAGCAGAUUACGUUCAUGAAAUGGAAUUCGACGAAGAAGUUCUGUCUGAAAUUCGUGUACGAAUUCGUGCAACUGGUUUCCCAUCGUUACAUGGCAUCAAUGAUACUACUGAUCCUGCUCUUCCUCCACCACCAAUGAGUGUUCCAGCGUUACAUCCAUUACUUGUUCAUCAUGCCGACAAUCAAUUGAGUUCAGGUGCUUUUUCACGAUUUCGUCAAUUAGGUGCAACUGCGACGACAACAACUACUGCGCCGAAUCCAGCAGUAAGCUUGAAUGUUUUACCAACACACGGCGCUCAAGCUACAACAUUAACGUUUGGUCAACAAAAUGGACCCACAGCAACAAUUCUUACAGGACCAGCAGCUGUUGCGGCACACCAACAACUCGCUCAUCAAACACAACGUAAUCGUACAACACGAACAUUGUUUAUCCCAGGGGGUACAACAGCAUUCGGUCGCACAGCCGUCGCCGCCGGUGGCUUUUCUGAUUAUCUCAAUCAAGUGAAUCAGCUGGACGUUGAUCCGUUAAGUGGCUCAGCAGUGAACAAUGGUAAUAUACAGGGUACAACAACAGCGCGUAUCCUUGUUGGCAAUGGUGCUGAUCCUGAUGCAUGGCGAUUUCUACAUGAUCAAAUUCUAAUGGAUAUUGCUCCACAAGCAAACGAAGGCAAUGAAAACAUCGAUGGAACAAAAAUCUACAUGAUACGUACACCAUUAGCACGUUGGAUGGAAGAGAGUGUAGUAUUAGAUGGACCAUAUGUACACGAUACUGUCUUAGCAUUGAAAUCGAAAAUCACUGAACCAUUAGAGAAACAAUAUGAAUCCGAAUUACAAGUUGUGCUAGCGAAAAAAGCUAAAGAUGACGAAGAACGUAAAAAACGUUCCGAAGAAAAAGCUCGACAAGAUGCUGAACGCACACAAGCCGCCGUUGCCGCUGCUGCCGCUGCCGCAGCAUCAACAACAACAACAGCCGAAACGUCAACUACGACUGCUGAUCAAGCGCAAACUACAGCAACAGAACCAAUUAUCACUGUGCCAUCAGCAGGUGAUGAAAUACAACAUGUCAAUGAUAUUGUAAUGACUUCUCCUGAGCAAUACCGUCUAACACAAAUAUCAUCCUUUACUGACACAGUCCAAGAUAUCAGUUCAAGUCUGGCACGACCAGCUAGCGAAGAAUCAACAGCAACGACCCUGCCACCUACAGGAGCAGUUACUAGUCCAUUACCAACCGACAACAUGUCAACAGGCGGUCAAUCACCUGCUCAGUUAGCUACGUCACCUACAACGUCUAUGGAAAUAAAUCAUCCGUCACCACCUAAAGAUGCAUCCAACGAACAAGACCAGCAACAUGAAGAACAAUCAACUACGAAUGCUGAAACAACGUUGACAGCAUCGACAACUACGGAAGAAGUUCCUUCUACGACAAAUACAAUAGCUGAACAGCCAGGUGCAACUGUUACUGCUGCGUCAGCUACAACAACAGCACCACCACCUGAACCUGAAGUUGAAUGGACUGUCUUAGUUAUCGAUGGCCGUGAAUUUCGCGUUCCGAAAGCAUUAGAAAUCGAUCCAUCAUUUUUAGCUGCCUUACCCGAAGAAUUACGUCAAGAAAUUCUAACUGACCAAGUUCGAAAUUUUGAACGCGAAGAAAGUCAAAGGCGUGCUCAACGCGCUGCUGCAUAUGCUGCUGCUAAUCCGACAGCCAGUUCAAAUACACAAUCAACAGAGAAUGCAACUAGUGACAAUUUUUCAAUGAGAACCAAUCAAGCAACAACAGAGGCUGUUAUUGGUGAAAUGCUCGGUGAAAUUAAUCCGGAAUUUAUUUCUGCUCUACCACAAGAGAUUCGCGAAGAAUUAUUAGCUGAACGUCGUCGCACUGCGGCAGCUAUGGCUGCGAUGAGUGGUGUUAAUCUACCUGAUAGUGGUCCAGCCGAGUUUUUACGCACUUUACAACCACAUCUCCGAGAACAAGUUCUUGCCGAUAUGGAUGAGAGUCAAAUCGGUGCUUUGCCUGAAGAUAUAGCAAAUGAAGCUCGAGCAUUACGCGCAGCAAUGGAAACUCAACAACAGCAAUAUCUACGUGAUCGUAUGGUACGAACUCAUCACGAUAUGAUGAACAUGUUAACUAAUAAUACACAUCAUAGUACACGUCCUAUUCGUAUGUAUAAUUUACGUGCUUUGCAAGAAGCACGAAAUAAUCGUGCCGAUCGACAAUCGACUAAUUGGUAUUCACUACGCGCUGGAGCCAAUGCUAACGAUUUGAAUAGUAAUACAUCAACACUAGGAACGCGUGGUCGACAGCUAUUGGAUUAUGAAUCGGUCUGCUGUUUGUUAGUCUUGCUAUUCAUCGACGAUCCACGUCUAAAUCUUCCACGUUUACAAAAAGUUCUUCGAUACCUAUGUCAUCAUAAUCAAACACGCCAAUGGAUCAUCAAAGCACUCUUAUCGAUCAUCAACAAAAGCACAGGAAGUACAGAGUACGAAGCACCAACAUCAACACCAGGUGCACCAACAUUAGUACUCAAAAAUCCGCCUACAACCAAUCAAUCGCAGUCCUCUACUAACACGGCUGUUACUACUAGCAAUAACAAUGAAACACAGCAAGUGAAAAUCAUUAAUCCAUCAUGGUUAACAAUCAAUUUCGAAAGUGCAUUCGGUGCACGCACCAAUGUUUUCAGAAUUCUACGUUUGGGCAAUACAAAACGUCACGGUUCAGUGCAAAUCUCUGUUCAUGCUCAAGCAUGUCCUAUUGUUUGUCGACAAGUGCUUGACUCGUUGAUUAUAUUGGCAAAGAAUUUUCCCGAACAAUUCCUUCCAUUACCGAACGCUUACACGACUUCGACAGAAUCACAACCAGCAAUAUUAUCAACGAAUGAACCAACAAAUAAAGUAAAUUCACCUGAUAAACAACUAGUCGCUACACCCUCGAAAGCAUCAACAAAUACUCGUGAAUUAUCAUUCUGGGAAUUACUUCUCAAACUAGAUCAAUCAUUUAGCAAUCGUACCAAUCGUUCAUCAUCGAAUUCCUCUCAAAAUAUCGCAUCGAUUGUUAUUUCUAAUCCAAACGCAGGUAACAGUCAACGAACGACAUCGACAUUAAAUAUCAACAAUAAUAACAAUGAAAUCGAUUUCGAAUCGUCACCAUUAGCAGCACUAUUACUCAUGCUCAAUCACCCGAUUCUCAACAAAAAUAGUCAACUAAUGGAUAAACUAUUCAAACUACUUUCGUUGAUUUCUCAAAGUUUUUCGCGACAUAUUAUCACAAAGAAAGAUAUAACACCAUCACCACUAGCUGCCUCGACACCGACGGCAGCUGAUCCAUCCACCCAAACAGUGAAUCCUCUUCAACAACAGCAAAACCUACCACCAUUGCCAUUACCGGUCAGCCAGUCGAAUACAACGAAUAAACUAGUUGUUUCGGACGAUCAAGUCAUUUUGGGUUCUCAACUGGACUUAGUUAUCAAUGCAUUAAUCUUGAAAUCAUGUGCGGAAGAUGGUCUCGAGUGUGCGACGAAACUCUUACUUGAUGUUUCGAAAAUCAAUCAAGCAACACGAGACAAAGUUUUGCACUUAUUACUCGACGGUAUUCGUAAAUUAGGAGAAAAAGUUAGCAGAGAAAUCAAACAAUUACUUCUGGAAGUGCAAGAUUAUCUUUCCAAGAACAAAUCGCUCCUUCCUACAACCAAUGACGAUGACGCAUCCAAUGCUGCAUCUGAUGAAUCGUUGAAAUUGUUUGAUUCGUACAGAAGUAUUCGUUCGAAUACACUGACAUCAAUAAAUAAUGAUCCCAAUGCUAAACAACAAGAUCUACAAUUACCAGCUAUGGUUAUGUUGACAUCCAAGACCGCAAACCAGCAAUUUUUAUUACGUAUCCUUCGAGUUAUUAUCGAAUUACGUAACACAACGAAGAAAGAACAAUUGGAUGCACAAACCCAUUUUGAAACUGAACUUCAUGCUUGGACACGUCGUCUUGAUACCUUACGUCAGUCGUUACGUUCGCAAUUUCCAUCGGACGCAGCAAAUCAACAAAAUGAGACUCUUCAACCUAUCGAUGAAUUAGCUAAUCGCUUAGAACAAAUGCGUACACGCUUGCAAACGGUAUUAAAUUCGAAUACACUUGAACAACGUCAACAACUCUUUUCCCAACAAGAAACUAUCAAUGAUAUUCAAGAUAUUUAUCGAUUAAUUCAGCAAUUAGAAGUUCUAAUUGAGAGUUUUCAUGAACCAACUCUGCCAGCGGCAAUGACAACACGUAUUAAUGAUGUUCUACAAACAAUUCCACCGCUGCUUCCACAAAUCAGUGAACCAAUGGAUGUUGGCGCAUUUUUACCAGCAUCUCAAACGAAAUUAAGCGAUCUGUUAAAUAUCAAUCAAUUAUGGAAUUCUUUGAGUGAUUGCUUAUCAUCAUUAGCACGAUUACCUGAUCCACAUGCUGUAUUAGUUCUUCAACCGGCUGUCGAAGCAUUCUUCAUCGUUCAUGCUGCUGAUUUAGACAAUGAAAGCGACAAACAAAAUAAGAAGAAAAAGGAUCGAGAAACCCGCGAAGCUUUGUCACACCUUGAAUGCUUCGGACCAGCACCAACGACAACAUCUGCCGAUCGUGGUGCACCCGAUGAACCUGUUAUUGCUCCUUCGAAUACAGCAACGUCAACAACGGACAUAACAUCACCUACACUUGUUCUUCGAACCGGAAUGUCGCAAACAAUCUCAACCAACGAAUUGCCGCUAGAUGCUCAAAAAUUCGUUGAAUUUGCGCGCACACAUCGCACUGUGUUAAAUCAAAUCUUACGUCAAAGUACCCAACAUUUAAGUGAAGGGCCAUUUCAUAUAUUAACUGAUUACACAGCUAUACUCGAUUUCGACGUGAAAAGAAAAUACUUCCGUUAUGAACUCGAUCGUUUGAAAGAUAAUAAUCGCGGUGAAGAUUUAGCUGUACAUGUACGACGUCAGAAUGUCUUCGAAGAUUCCUAUCGAGAACUAAGCCGGCGUCAAUCAGUCGACUGGAAACAUCGUUUUUACAUUGUCUUUGAUGGUGAAGAAGGUCAAGAUGCCGGUGGACUUCUUCGUGAAUGGUAUUCGAUUAUCGCACGUUCAAUGUUCGAUUCCAACUAUGCGCUCUUCAUGAUCAAUCCAGGUGAUCGUGUUACAUAUAUGCCCAAUCCAUCAUCACACAUCAACACCAAUCAUUCGCAAUACUUCAAAUUCAUCGGGCGUGUCAUAGCUAAAGCUAUCUUUGAUAACAAAUUUAUGGAUUGUUACUUUACACGUUCAUUCUACAAACACAUACUCGGCAUUCCGAUUCGCUAUACUGACAUGGAAUCAGUUGACUUACAAUUCUAUAAGAAUUUAGUGAUGUUAUUGGAAAAUGAUUUGCAGCAAUUAGGCUUAGACUUAACAUUUUCAUUGGAUGUCAAUGAAUUUGGCGAGAACAAAGUUGUAGAACUAAUUCCAAAUGGUUCAACUAUCGCUGUGACGAACGAAAAUAAACAUGAAUAUGUUCGUCUUGUUUGUCAAGAAAAAAUGAUUGGUUCAAUUCGAUUGCAAAUUAAUUCGUUCUUAGAAGGUUUCUAUUCAAUCAUACCGAAAAGUUUAAUAUCAAUAUUCAACGAACAAGAAUUAGAAUUACUAAUAUCCGGUCUUCCAGAUAUCGAUAUUGAAGAUCUCAAAGCAAACACCGAAUAUCAUAAAUAUCGACCGAAUUCUUUACAAGUUCAAUGGUUUUGGCGUGCAUUACGUUCAUUUGAUAAAGAAGAUCUAGCGAAAUUCUUACAAUUUGUUACAGGUACAUCAAAAGUCCCGCUACAAGGUUUUGCACAUUUAGAAGGUAUGAAUGGUGCACAAAAAUUUCAAAUACAUCGCGAUGAUCGAUCAACGGAUCGUCUACCUUCUGCACAUACUUGUUUCAAUCAAUUGGAUUUACCGGCGUAUGAAAGCUAUGAUAAAUUACGUAAAAUGUUAUUAAUCGCAAUUCGGGAAUGUGCAGGCUUUGGAUUUGCGUAG